CUAGAGUUACACAGAGAGACUUCCAGCAUCUGUGAGAGAGCGUCAGUAUCAUGACUGCUGAGAGGUCGGACUCGCUGUCUCGUAUGGAGGAAAGAAGAUUGAUACAGGAACAGCAGUCAGAUAGUGAAGUUGCCAAAGGCAAAGCUCCCCCUCCCUACGAUUUCCAGCCAACGGCCUCUGUAUCAGUUGGGAAUCCGGGACCCCCGGAGGAGAACUUCAAAGAUUAUUUGGUUGUGUCCAUAAUGAACCUGUUGUUUUGCUGCCUUCCCAUUGGAGUCGCCGCUCUGGUCUACUCUAUACAGACACGAGAAGCUGUCGCCCGGAGAGACACGGCAUCUGCAAAGCGCUCCUCCCAGAAUGCAUUUCGUCUGAAUGUUGCCGCCUUUGCAGUUGGGUUGUUUUGUGUCACAUUGAUGAUUAUCUACUACGUAAUCGAUUCAAAGACAAGUACCCCAGGUUAAGUGGUUGAUAAAUGAAUAUUAGA